UUGCGAGCAAAAAAGGAAAAACCACAACAACCAUCGUUUUGGUUUUGGCUCUAGAUUUUUGUCUCGCAAAGUAAAUAUUUAUAAAUUCGGUUGAAUUCCCGUAAAUUCAUCUUCAAAUCUGGUUGGUACUUGUAUAGAAUGUCCAAUCUUCAGCGUGUGAUGAUGAAGUCCCGUUUACCGCCAAUGUGUCCAAAUCCCAAGUUUCCCAAACCAUCCGAUCGCGGCUUCCGUCGUCAGACUGACUACAAUCCGGUCAUGUGGAGUGAUUACUUCAAGGAACAGCAAAACGUCGAAACGGCUCAAGGGAAGUUUCGUGUUUAUCUGUCUGAGCCACCAGUGGAGGCUGGACCGGUUCUGGUUAUGUUGCACGGUGGCGGGUUCUCUGCUCUCACAUGGGCACUUUUCAGUUCAGAGAUUACCAAGCUUAUCCACUGUCAAUGUUUGGCAAUAGACAUCAGAGGUCACGGAGAUACAUCAACCGAUGACGAAGAAGAUUUAUCGGCACCAACUUUGGCCAAGGACGUUGGUGAUAUUAUUCAGUCCAUGUACGGUGAUAAGGCUCCACCGAUAAUUCUCAUCGGCCACUCAAUGGGUGGUGCUAUUUGUGUCCAUGUGGCUAACUUAGAACUUAUUCCUUCGCUCAUCGGUGUGGUGGUAAUAGAUGUGGUAGAAGGAACGGCUCUGGAAGCAUUAGCCAGCAUGCAAAGUUUUCUGCGAUCGAGGCCUAACACGUUCAAAAGUAUUCAGCAUGCCGUGGAGUGGUGUGUCCGCAGCGGCCAAGUCAGAAACAUAGAAUCAGCACGCGUCUCGAUGCCCGGGCAGAUUGUCAAUAUUGAAACAGGAAAACUAUCAACUACUGAGCUCCCCCUUUUGGAUGAGUCAGCAACAGAAGAGCGAACCAAAUUUGCUAAUCCUAAUGCAAUUGCCGAAGAUUCUGAACUGCCACCGCCGGCAGUUCCGGAAUCGUUGCCCCAGGCAUCUGCCGCCAGCAGCGCUGUAAAGAAAUACAAAUGGCGCAUUGAUCUGUCGAAAUCUGAAAAAUACUGGGAAGGGUGGUUCCAAGGGCUCAGCCAAAAGUUUCUGGACGUAAGAGUACCGAAGCUGCUGCUCCUGGCCGGCAUUGACAAUCUUGAUCGUAGUCUUACGGUGGGCCAGAUGCAGGGAAAGUUUCAGCUGCAGGUGUUGGCCCGGUGCGGCCAUGCCGUCCACGAAGACCGCCCCCAUGAGGUGGCCGAAGUAAUCGGCACAUAUCUGGUGCGGAAUAAGUUUACCCAGGCAGCUGGCGAUGGAUCGUUUUUGAAGCACUUACCUGCAUGUUAGAACGGUAGUAUCACCAUGUGUAAGAUGUCUCAGAUGAGUUUUAAUUACUUUGAAUACAAUCUUGAAAAAUAAUUUAUUUGCAAAAACUGUAUG